UUUUGUGAACACGACAAUUGACAAGUAAAGCAAUAAAUAUUCGAAAGCUGAAAUCUUUUUUAACAAAUUCAAUUUUCCAAUUCAAAUUCUCAAUUUCAUUGUUGGAGGUGAAGACUGAAGCAGAGGCUGGUGGAUAGCUUUGCUCAUCUUCAUCACUACUGGGCGGGUUUCUUAGCUGUUCUUGCUCUUUCUCAUCUAUACAGGAGAGACACAGAGAUGAGAAAUGGCUCUGGAUGUUGUUGCUUCGGUUGGUGAACAAUUGGUGGCCCCAGUUAGCCAAUUUGGAUAUUUCAUUUUUUAUAACAGAAACAUUAAGAAUCUCAAAAAACAAGUCCAAAAAUUGGAAGACACGAGAUAGAAUACAAAGGAAUGGGCAAAUUAUUGAACCUAGUGUUGAGCAGUGGUUGACAACGGUGGAUGAAGUUAGCAAAGAGACCGAAAGAUUCCUUCGUGAUGAAGACAAAGGGUGGUGCCCAAAUUUGAAAUCACGAUACUCAUCGAGCAAGGAAGCUAAGAAGAAGAUUGAAGAUGUGGUAGAGCUAUGUGAAGGAUUAGGAGACUUCUCUAGUGCUCCGAUGGGGAUCGCAUCCACAUUCAUAUCCGCCAGAGGUUUUAAGGGUUUUGAAUCUAGAAGAUUGAUUAUGAACGAUGUCAUGGAGGCACUGAAGGAUGAUAGAUUCCACAUGAUUACAAUAUGUGGGAUGGGAGGUGUUGGUAAGACAACAAUGGUGAAAGAAGUUGCCAAAAGAGCAAAAGAAGAGAAAUUGUUCGAUGAGGUUGUGAUGGCUGUAGUGUCCCAAAGUCCUAAUGAAAGAAAGAUUCAAGGUGAAAUUGGAGAUAAUUUGGGUUUGAAAUUUGAGGAGGAGACUGAACGUGGAAGAGCAAAUCGACUGUGUGAAAGACUAAGGCGCACCAAUAGAAUCCUUGUCAUAUUGGACGAUGUUUGGAGGCGUCUCGAACUGAAUGACGUAGGAAUUCCAUUUGGAGAUGGUCAUAGAGGUUGCAAAAUUUUACUGACUUCUAGAUUUGAUAAUGUAUGCAACGAUAUGAAUGCUCAAACGAAAUUUACAAUUGAAGUCUUGACUGAAGAAGAAGCAUGGAAUCUCUUUCAGGAGAUGGCUGGAAUUUCCAACAACACGAGUCACACAAGUACUGAUUUGUAUAUCACGCAGAAGAAAGUUGCGGAUGAAUGUGGAUGUUUGCCGAUUGCUAUUGUUACAGUUGCGAGGGCACUCAAAGGUAAAGAUGAGCAGUCAUGGAAUUCAGCCCUUCUACAAUUACGUAAAUAA